UAUAUAGUUCUAUUUAAGGGUUUCUUUUUUAUUUAUUGAUGUGAAUUUGUAGUUUUCAAUUUCAUGUUUUAAGAGAGUUAAAGGCAAUGUCCAAGUCUUGCAAGGGAUUGGCCGUGGAGCUAGUCAAGUGCCUCAGUGAAUCUGAUUGUGUUAAGGUUGAGAAUAGAUCAUAUAGGGAGUGUUCUGGAGAGAAGAGUCCAUCAAUAUCAAGUGAGUGUGUUGGACUUAGGGAAACCUAUUUCAAUUGCAAAAGAGGCCAGAUUGACAUGAGAGCUAGAAUUCGUGGAAACAAAGGGUAUUAAUGAUGCCAUACAUUGGAAAACUGUGGUGUUGUAAUGUCCAAUUUUGGUACUUUCAAGUUUGUACUGAAGAUGAAGUCAAACCAAAGUGAAAGAUGUAGAUGAAUCAGAGAAAUGGGAGGCUAUAAUAAUUGUUUGAUUUCAUAGUAUUGUAAUUUUGCAUGCACACGACAAGAUGAAUUUUGACAUGUUAGAGAGAACAUAAAUAUAAACAAUACCCCACAAGUGUUAUAUUAGUAUAAUGCUCAAGUCAUAGUUUCAGAUAUGCCAUAAUCCAUCAUCAAGUAUGUUAUGGAUUAAAGUAUGGUCCCUCCA